AGUUGGUGCAGGUUAUCAAAAACCAGCUGUUCUUCUCUGGUCUCAGCUCUGAAGUCCAACCCCUCCCAUCUGAGAGAACUGGACCUGAGAGGAAACUGGGAUCUGCAGGAUUCAGGAGUGAAGAAGCUGUGUGGUUUUCUGAAGAGUCCAGACUGUAGACUGAAGACUCUGGGAUUGUGGUGCUGCAGUUUGUCAGAGAUCAGCUGUUCUUCUCUGGUCUCAGCUCUGAAGUCCAACCCCUCCCACCUGAGAGACCUGGACCUGAGUCUCAACUUCCUGCAGGAUUCAGGAGUGAAGCAGCUGUGUGGUUUUCUGCAGAGUCCAGACUGUAGACUGGAGACUCUGAGAUUGAGGUUCUGCAGUUUGUCAGAGAUCAGCUGUUCUUCUCUGGUCUCAGCUCUGAAGUCCAACCCCUCCCAUCUGAGAGAACUGGACCUGAGCUACAACGACCUGCAGGAUUCAGGAGUGAAGCAGCUGUGUGGUUUUCUGAAGAGUCCAGACUGUAGACUGGAGACUCUGAGAUUGAGUUCCUGCAGGUUGUCAGAGAUCAGCUGUUCUUCUCUGGUCUCAGCUCUGAAGUCCAACCCCUCCUACCUGAGAGAACUGGACCUGAGUGACAACGACCUUCAGGAUUCAGGAGUGAAGGAGCUGUGUGGUUUUCUGAAGAAUCCAGACUGUAGACUGGAGACUCUGAGAUUGAAGGACUGCAGUUUGUCAGAGAUCAGCUCUCCUCCUCUGGUCUCAGCUCUGAAGUCCAACCCCUCCCAUCUGAGAGAACUGGACCUGAGUGACAACGACCUUCAGGAUUCAGACGUGAAGCUGCUGUGUGGUUUACUGAGGAAACCAGACUGUAGACUGGAGACUCUGAGGUUGAUGGACUGCAGUUUGUCAGAGAUCAGCUGUUCUUCUCUGGUCUCAGCUCUGAAGUCCAACCCCUCCCAUCUGAGAUACCUGGACCUGAGUAACAACAAGAACCUGAAGGAUUAUGGAGUCAAGGCACUGUGUGGUUUUCUGCAGAGUCAAAACUGUAGACUGGAGACUCUGAGGUUGAUGAACUGCAGUUUGUCAUGGAACAGCUGUACUUCUCUGGUCUCAGCUCUGAAGUCCAACCCCUCCCAUAUGAGAGAACUGGACCUGAGUGACAACAACUUCCUGAAGGAUUACGGAGUACAGGAGCUGUGCGGUUUUCUGCAGAGUCCAGACUGUAGACUGGAGACUCUGAGAUUGAGGUCCUGCUGGUUGUCAGUGAUCAACUAUCCUCCUCUGGGCUCAGCUCUGAAGUCCAACCCCUCCCAUCUGAGAGAACUGGAUCUGAGUGACAACUACCUGCAGGAUUCAGUAGUGAAGGAGCUGUGUGGUUUUCUGCAGAGUCCAGACUGUAGACUGGAGACUCUGAGGUUGUGGUGCUGCAGGUUGUCAGAGAUCAGCUGUUCUUCUCUGGUCUCAGCUCUGAGGUCCAACCCCUCCCAUCUGAGAGAACUGGACCUGAGUAAAAACAACCUGCAGGAUUCAGGGGUGAAGGACCUGUGUGGUUUUCUGCAGAGUCCAGACUGUAGACUGAAGACUCUGAGGUUGAGUCUCUGCAGUUUGUCAAAGAUCAGCUGUUCUUCUCUGGGCUCAGCUCUGAAGUCCAACCCCUCCCAUCUGAGAGAACUGGACCUGAGUAACAACGAGCUGCAGGAUUCAGGAGUGAAGGAGCUGUGUGGUUUUCUGCAGAGUCCAGACUGUAGACUGGAGACUCUGAGGUUGAGUCUCUGCAGUUUGUCAGAGAUCAGCUGUUCUUCUCUGGUCUCAGCUCUGAAGUCCAACCCCUCCCAUCUGAGGGAACUGGACCUGAGCUACAACGACCUGAAGGAUUCAGGAGUGAAGGAGCUGUGUGGUUUUCUGCAGAGUCCAGACUGUAGACUGGAGACUUUGAGACUGAAGGACUGCAGGUUGUCAGAGAGCAGCUGUUCUUCUCUGGACUCAGCUCUGAAGUCCAACCCCUCCCAUCUGAGAGAACUGGAUCUGAGUGACAAUGACCUGCAGGAUUACGGACUACAGGAGCUCUGUGGUUUACUGAGGAGUCCAGACUGUAGACUGGAGACUCUAGGAGUGUGUUAUUCUUUUCUCAGAUUGAAGGACUGCAGUUUGUCAGAGAGCAGCUGUGCUCCUCUGGCUGCAGCUCUGAAGUCCGACCCCUCCCAUCUAAGAGAAUUGGACCUGAGUAGCAACAAGCUGCAGGAUUCAGACAUGAAGCUGCUGUGUGGUUUACUGAGGAGUCCAGACUGUAGACUGGAGACUCUGAGAUUGUGGCGCUGCAGUUUGUCAGAGAUCAGCUGUUCUUCUCUGGCUGCAGCUCUGAAGUCCAACCCCUCCCAUCUGAGAGAACUGGACCUGGGUCUAAACUUCCUGAAGGAUUCAGGAGUGAAGACACUGUGUGGUUUUCUACAGAGUCCAGACUGUAGACUGGAGACUCUGAGAUUGGGUUGGUACAAUUUGACAGAGAUCAGCUGUUCUUCUCUGGCCUCAGCUCUGAAGUCCAACCCCUCCCACCUGAGAAAACUGGACCUGAGUAAUAACAGGCUUCAGGAUUCAGGAGUAAAGGAGCUGUGUGGUUUUCUGCAGAGUCCAGACUGUAGACUGGAGACUCUGAGGUUGAGGGGCUGCAAGUUGACAGAGAUCAGCUGUUCUUCUCUGGUCUCAGCUCUGAAGUCCAACCCCUCCCAUCUGAGAGAACUGGACCUGAGUGAAAACAACCUGCAGGAUUCAGGAGUGAAGGAGCUGUGUGAUCUUGUGGAGAGUCCAGACUAUACACUAGAGACUGUGAGGGUCACUGGCAGGUUGAUCAGAUCUUCCAUAGACAAAGCCUGUGUCAAACUGGACCCAAACACAGCAGACAUGAAGCUGGAUGAGUCUGAGGACGACACAAAGAAGCUGGAUGAGUCUGAGGACAACACAAAGAAGCUGGAUGAGUCUGAGGACAACACAAAGAAGCUGGAUGAGUCUGAGGACGACAAGAAACUGAUGAAGCCUCCAUCAAACUUCACGCCUAAACUGCGAACUGAAUCUGCACAAGUCUCAUACAGGUUCAGGUGUCCUGGUCCAGGUGCGUUCCAGUGUAAGUCAACUGGACUGGUGUUUGUUGUGGACCAGGAGGCAGAGCUGCGCUAUAGGAUGGUCCAAUGGGACGAGAGCCUCCUCCAACCAGUUGGCAAGACACCUGCAGGGCCUCUGUUCAAUAUCCAGUGUCCUGAGGCUGCUGUCUGUGAGCUCCACCUCCCACACUGUGAAACUAAGGAUGCGUUGAAGAUUAGAGGCCUGCUGUCUGUCGUCCACAUUACUGAUGAUGGACUGAGCAUCUUGGAACCUCUGGAGAUCACAGACACUCAUGUGGUGGUGAAAGUCCCUCAUCUCUCUGCCUUUGGCCUGGUCUGGGAUUUCAUUCAACGAUUUAUCAACAUCACACUGCCAGUAGAGGGUCAAGUCCUGCUGUUCCUGAGACCUCCUGAUGAAGGGCCUCGAAUACUUGAUGUGUUUCUGCUGCAGGAAAACAUCCCUCUGUCCGAGGUUAAGGCUCAACAAGAAGGUGCUAAAUACAUCAGGACCUCCUCUGAUUCUGACUGUAAACUGUACAUUGGUCAAAGUUACAGUGUCCACUGUGAACCUGAGGACUAUAUACAGCCUGUGCGUGUCAAUUUUCGCUCUAAGUAUGGACCAAAUUUCCAUCCGACGUUUGAGGUUUUUCUGACUUCUAACUCAAACACAGUGACUGUGACUGUGGUCCAAGACCAGGAGAAGACUGAGGUCUGGAAACGUAAUGUUAAUCUGCCAGGUCCAAGGAGGGAAACUGCACAGAGCAGCGUCCCAGCAGAGGACAGGCUGCUCUUGGUUCGGAUAAAGUUUAUUGACAGAGUGACUGAACCUGUUCUAAACCAGCUCCUGGAUAAACUUCUUGAGCGUGGAAUUAUAAAUGAUGAAGAAAUGCAGUCAGCAAGAGCAAAAAUCAGAGCAGACAAAGCACGAGACGUGAUCGACACUGUGCGAAAAAAAGGAGCUAAAGCCAGCUCAGUUCUGAUCGCUGCUCUCUGUGAGGUGGAUCCAUGUCUUUUCAGGGAGCUCAGACUAAGAUGAAGCACAGGCCAGAAGCUGUGGAUGUGAUCCAUCCAGGCCACCGCCCUUAAAUGGUCUUUGAUUGGCAGCUUCUCCUCCUCUGCUACAUCAGUCACCAGUUCCAUUUCAUCUGCUACCAGCUCCCUUUAGGCUCCAUCGGCCACAUGAACGUCUCCUUUCACUGCUACACACUGGAGGACUCCACCUCUGUCGCAUCCAUCCUUAAUCACCUCCAGGAUGUGAAAUGCUGGGUGGAAAAUAACUGUCUUCAGUUGAAUGACAGCGAGACAGAGGACAACAAAAGUCUGGAAUACAAACCAGCUGUUGCAGUGAUUCUGUGUUGGACAGGAAACCUUGUUGAACAGUGGCCUACAGCACAAAGACGUUUUCCAUCGAGGUCGAGGAGAGGUGAAUAGCAGAGGAGUUUUGAAGUAUUCAACCACUGCCCUGAGUUUGUCGAACGCAAGUGAGGCUGGAGGCUGAUCACACUUGUGAAGAAGAUGCCUGCCUCAUCAAUGAUGGAGAUGAUGUUACAGAGGACAGGAGCCAUGUUUACUCCUUCACCUCCAGGACUCAGAGUUGAAGCAACCUUUAACUGAUGAUCAAAUGUUCUCUGUGUAAAAACUGAAAACAUCCUUUCUUCAGGAGCAGUGAUUCUGUGUUGGACAGGAAACCUUGUUGAACAGUGGCCUACAGCACAAAGACGUUUUCCAUCGAGGUCGAGGAGAGGUGAAUAGCAGAGGAGUUUUGAAGUAUUCAACCACUGCCCUGAGUUUGUCGAACGCAAGUGAGGCUGGAGGCUGAUCACACUUGUGAAGAAGGUAAGGCUAACAAGCUAAGUAAUUAGCAGUAAGCAUUAGAAUUAGCCUUCUCUUUUGAUGAUAGCUUUUGGCCUUAUUUCCCUUUUCUAUCGUUUUAAUAGCGUGGGUAAGAGUGUGUUUGUGUUUCUGGGACUUCAACGUCUCUGACAUGAGUU